CUCCAACAGGAAGUGAACGCGCACUCAUUUCCGCUGCAGCAGCUUCAACGGUCACGUCAAAAAAUAAAAGGAAAAUGUGGACGGAAAGGACGGACUAAAAGCUGGGGAGAGAUCAUCCAGACCGACCCGCCAGCUGCUUUCUCUUCCGUAAGAAGUCGUUACCAAGCAACUGCUUGUAUUCGAGACUUCGGUCGGAACAUUUAACGUGUUUUUAAGGGUCGUUUUGAGGUGAACGCGUCCCCUUCUUGUGUGCUGAAUUAGCCAGCGGUUAGCCAGCCCGCUGCUAGUGAUGGGGACGAGAGCGAGUCGCCUUCAGGACCCAGAUCCCUCUCCCUUCGUAAAAGAUGGCUCAAAGCGGGAUUCCUAUCGACGACCCCGGUGUACCAGGCCCACCAGCCUCGUCGUCGACUUCUCGGUGAGCUUCGAGGAAACGGAGGCCAACAGGAGCCGAUCUGAGGAAGGGAGCGACUCGGACUUGGGGCAGCAUGGAGGGGCGAGCGCCGACGGCAGCCCCGCCGACCACCGCAGCAUACCGUCCGGCAUUAGCCAGGCGUCUCCGGGUGACGACAACAACAGCGAGGGGAAACCCGAGGAGGACGGCGGCGUGAGCCCGGGGGCCCCCGCCGACGCGGAACGCCAAGCCGGGGAGGAAACAGGCCGCACGCCACACCGCACUUUUUCAGAGAGGCUCCCCGGGAAUCGGCACUCUUCCGCCCGCAGCGUCGGAGCCAGGUCCGCCCGCGUUCGUGGCACACACCAGCGGCCGGUGUCGGAGGCUUGGAUCGGCCUUUACCGUGUUAACAACCGACAUGGCAGUAUUCGCUGCCCUUUCUGCUCGAAGCCUUUCCCAGGCGGUCGGAUUGAGGAUCACCUGUUGAGCUGCCUCACGUCUCCUCCGCUACCUUACAACACGGACGUGCUGAGCAAAGACAGCGGGGAAUGCUCGAUCUGUCUGGAGGACCUGGUGCAGGGGGAGACCAUCGCCAGGCUGGCCUGCCUCUGCGUCUACCACAAAAGCUGCAUCGACUCCUGGUCCAAGGUGAAGCCCUGCUGCCCCGAACAUCCCUUCGAUUGACUCGCAGGUCAGGCGCUUCCAGCCCAGCGACCAGAUCGACUCAGGAGAUUACACCGGAUCCCAACAAAACCACAAUAAGAAUCAAGAAUUGAACGAGCAAAAUUCAUAUUUCCGUUUCCGAUGUAAAAGGUCAGCGGGAUCUUCCUCUAUCGAUUUAAACUCGACCUGCCAAACGCCGACUUUGAAACCAGCUGCUCCGUCUAAUAACAGAGAUGUCUGUCUGUGAGUGUGUGUUUGUGUGUGUGUGUGUGGACUCGUAUCACCGGGGGUAAUUUAAAUAUUAUUAUCCAAGAAAACCAGAUAGAGUUUCAGUGACCGGCGCCUCUCCUGUGCGUUUCUGUCUCUGAAUCUUAUCAACUAUUUUUGCAAAAAACAAAACAAACAAAAACUAAGUAUUGUUGCAAGUCCUACAUCGGAUGAAUGUUUCUUCUUCUCUGCUUUUCCCCCCAAAUUAACCAAAUCUUCAGCUGUUACGUUUAUUUCUGCUCUGACGCGAGGAGGACCUGUUUUUGGUGGAAAGGGGGGCUGCUGCUACUCUUUCUUUCUGUUUUUUGUUAUUAUUUUUCUUGCUUUCUGUUAUCUUUAAACAUUUCAGGGGAAGUUUUGGGCCUUUGUGUUUUGUUUCUUUUAAAGUCGGCCAGUUUUGUCUCCUUGUUGCCGUGGGGAUUGUUCAGGAAGAUUUCGACAGUAGCACCGCGUUGGCGCCAGCUGGAGCAUUUUUCUGUUAUUUCUCAUACGAUCUGGGAUGACGGUGAGCGACGGAGGGGUGAAUUUGUCCUGUGUUUGUUUGUAUAUACAUUAAAGUGUGUUUGUGUUUGUUGUAAACUUCGCAGAUGUCUGGUUGGUUGGUACUUUCUAUGAAUGCGGUUUCUUUUUUCUUUUUUUUUUUCUCGCCAACGCCGGAUCGCGCCGGGACGAGUAGACAGAUUUUUGGGGGCAUGUUUACGCCAUGUGGCAUCUGCCUCCUCUUCACAGCACUGGGGGCUAUGGACAGCUUAUGGUUAAUAAUUACAUAAGCAGCAGGCACCCUCUUGCUUUUCCACCCUGCCUUUUUAUUUUGAGCAUUUUUAGCUGACAUAUUGUGAUUAUUGCUAAAUGUGUUAAGUGGCUUUCCUUUGCCUUUUUUGUGCUGAUUUGCCUUUUUUGGGCUCUUAAAUUGAGCCAGCAGAACAAACAACUUGAUUUCUUUUUAUCUGUUUCAUGGAUUUUCAACCCAGACGGUUCAGUUUUAGAGCAAAGGUGUUCAAAGUAGGGUUCGGGGGCCACUUGCGGCUCCUGGAUUGAUUAUGUGUAGCCCUCGGACCAAAAUUUGAGAAUUAUAAUCUAUUACUUUUAAAUAAAAAUCUACUUACAAAAAUGUUACACUGCAAAAAAAAUAAAAAGUAUUUUGGUCUAGUUUCUAGCGCAAAUUUCUAAGUUACAUGUAGUUUUGUCUUAUUUCAAGUGUACUUUUUUAAGUCAAUAAGUACUAUUUCCACUGGCAGAUUAUUCCACUUAAAACAUGGAGAAAAUGUCUUGUUAUGAGUUAAAUAAUCUGGCAGUGCAACCAGUACUUUUUCAUCAAUAUUAAAGAAUUAUUCACUUUAAAAAAAAAGCUCCUAUAACUUGCUAAGGUUACCUGUAUGUUAGUGUUUGCUCUAGAAAUUAGACCAAAAUACUUGGUAAGAUUUUGUGUUUUUUACAGUGUAUUUGCAACUUUUCUGGUUUCCUUCCGUUGUCAUGGUAACUAGGACCACAUUUACUCAUUGACUUGUACGCUAAAGUACAAUCUGUUUCACCAAAAUCUGCUUUUAUUUGCUGUAUUAAAACUUUUUUAUUUUCUCAGUUUUCUUCAAUCGAGCCCAGAACAAUAAGCAAACUGGAUGCCUUUCGUUUAAUAAGGAAGUUUUGGAUUUACAAUCCCAUAAAAAUCAGAGUAUAUUCUUAUUGCUGAGUAGGUUUAAAAAAAAAAAAAAAAAAUCAACAUUUUGGUGAUUUCAAUUUUUUAUUUUUUACCCCUUCAGGGGG